AUGAACAACUUGCUUCAUGAUCACAUUUGUCGAGUCAUUGAAGCGGUAGCGCCUUUGAGAGAAGUUGAAGUUCGUGAUCAGCCUGCACCAUGGGUGACUCAAGAUAUUAGGAUUCUUCAGCGUCGUCGGUCAAAGCUUUAUAGGAUUUUCAAAAGAUCAAGAUUUGCCUACAAGGAGUAUUCUGGAAUGCGUAAAUUCAUUAAGCGUAGAAUUGCGGAUGCUAAGAAAGAAUAUUUUGAUAAUCGGUUAAGCAAUUUAGUUAAGCGAUUAGACGUGCGUGCGGCUCCUGAUCUCAAUUUAGAUGAAAUGAAUGCUUACUUUGUUACCGCGGCUGGUUCGCCUUUGCAGAACAUCGAUUUUGAGUACCUGGAAGCUCGUAUAGUCAAACAUAGCAAUUCAUUUGAACUUAAGGAGCUGACUUCAGUAAAUGUGAGGCAGACAUGCAUGAUGCUGACCUCUGGGUCGGUGGGUCCAGAUCACUUCGAGAUUAAGACGUACAAAGUUUUGCUACCCUACUUCCUGUCACAUAUAACGAACCUCUUUAACUUCUCGUUGUCUUCUGAAUGGUGUGUUAAAAAUGGGCUAAAUAUGAAUCGUGGUAAGAUGAAGGCGAUGAUCUUUGGUACAGUUUUUAAACUUGCGGACCUUCAGCACGUUCCUGUGCCCAAUACUAUAAUUAAUAAUACUGUCAUUGGCUAUUGUAAAUCUGUUAAAUACUUGGGUGUAGUGCUUGAAGAUACUCUUACCUGGUCCUUGCAAGUGAAUGAAAUUUGCAAGAGUACUAUGCGGAUUCUUGCUCAGCUGAAAAUGAAUGAUGCCUUCAGUUUUCCAGUUAGAUGCCAGCUACGUAGGGGUGAUGUACGUAAUGAUUCGCUUGUUGUGCCAGGUUGUUACAGUACCAAAUACGAUGAAUUUUUUUUAGUAAGCGCGAUUAGAGUAUGGAAUCGGCUACCUUCGUACUGCACCGCACAGCCCACUUUUCCUACUUUUCGUAAGGCAUGUUAUGAGUUUCUGUUGAGUGAGGAAAAUGGGUGA